CCAAAGGUGAACGUUGAUAUAAGUCACUGGCAAGUGUAAACGGAUGAACAGAACAAAGCCGACGUUAGAAGUGGUUCAAGGUUGUAGAGCAAAUCAGUGUCAACCCUUGUGCUGCAGUUUUUUUUAAUUCAGUCGAACCAAACUUGCAUGAUGUUGCGCCACAGUAAUUUAUUCAUAUUAGUCACGGUGGAAACCCUCGUCGUCUUGCUGUCAGGAAAUAUUGCAUCCACAUCAAACACGGUUGGAGAUAACGGUCCCUGCAGGAAGGACGGUUUGGUUGGGGACCCAGACGACCCUCGCAUCUACUACCGCUGCACUUUUAACCCUUCCAGUAACUCCUUUGACACGGCGUCGUACAUCUGUUCCGGCGGACAACGGUUCAACUCUGCCCGUGGCGGUUGUGCUGACGAGAGUGACGCCGUGUCCAACUACACCUGUCUCAAGCAGAACUUGGACACUGAUGCGUCCAAGACUUGCUACGAGGAAACCAUUUCGGCUCUCACGGAGGAAUUGGACGUGUUCAUCGAUGCUGUGGCUUAUCGUGGCUCUCCAGCGAGAAACUUCCACCUCUCCGUCAAGGACAUUCACCUCAACAUGCGGCAGAACUACCUCACUCUCAUCCAGAACACGGGGCAGAAUAUCUUCCCCCUGAUUGUGGCGACGGACAACGACACUCCCGAGCUGGCCGGGGUUGGAGGAGCCUACAAGGUCUACUUCAGAAAUGGGACGAUGAAGCGAAUAGUGCCUGUCAGCUCGGAUUUUGAGCUUCACAAAUGCCUCAGCCACAUGGUUUUGGGCGUUUUCGCCAUAGUUGCGCCAUACUUUCGUUCCCCAAAUUCUCAGAACUGGCAAAAUAGUCUCAAGACUCUCGACACCGAAGUGAACAAGGCCUUGUAUGCCCUCCCAUCCAGCAACCUCCCUCAAAAGGAGGCCGACCACGCCAAAAAACUCCUCAGCAUGGUGACCAUGUUCAUUGCCUCAUGUCUCAAACACAAUUCCGUCACGCACACAAAGUUCCACACGUUUGCCACUGAGAUGGCCCCCUGGAUUGACAAGAGCAUGCAAAUCGCGGCUAAAGCGCACGUAUCAGCCACCAUCCCAGCCCUCCGCCAGUUGAAAAAGGAGAUGGGGGAGGAAGAGUGGCGGAAAGUGUACGUUCUCAUCCCCACCGUCUGGCCCGUCUCACUCUACAACAUCCGGCUCCAAAUGUUCCGCAAAGUGAUGGACUUUCGGCAAAUCAAGCAGCAAGUGCUGAUUACGGAGGGUGCUCGGAGUGAGGACGAUGCUCGGACGACGCUUGGACGGAUUGUGGCGGACCGGGCUCUGGCGCAGCUCGUGUUUGGAGGACUGAGGGACGAAUCGGCGCGUGAUCACUUGUUCUCCUUGUCCACACGACGCGACCUGCUAUCUUCCGUGGAGGAGGAGGCUAUCGACAAGUGGUGCGGUGGUGAGGACAACUGGACCAUCCUCAAGUCCACGUCCAGCCAAGACUCGAGAUGCCCCAUGACCAAACACUUUGCCACAAUGUUGAGACAGUCGCCGUAACAAAAUACGCAGUGCAAGAUGAGAUUGGCUAUCUAAAUCGUGAAUCAAUGACAAAGAAUCAAAAUUAUAUUGCUUCACGACGACACGUUUUAUCUGAAAGUGUGCAGCAAUAAUUUAAUGCUUUAUUGAUAUAAAUAUUAACUUAAUGGUAGAGCAUAUACAAAAAAUAUUCUAAAGUCAACGUGAGACUGCUUUGUCCAACAUUCGUAAUACAAUAUUCACUUAAUUACAAAAGUACAUAAAUCCUUUGUUAGCUUUUACAGUUAUGUCUCGAGUGUUGCAUAUUUUUUAAUAAAAUUGAGAUGAAAUAUCUUAAA